AUGGAUCGAAGAGUGACUGCGAUUUGUCUGGUUCUCCUGCUGCAGCUGGUGGGCCACGGUUGGGGCUUCCAGGACAAGGCCCCAGUGCAGAGCAGCCUGGUGACCGGUCAGGCCAGAAAUAAGCAGCAACAGGUGCUGGACGAAACGCUGGGCAGUGGUCGGGGAAUCGACGAGCACCUACUGAAGACCAUUGAGGAUCAGCAGCAUCCGCGCCAGUACGGCUAUGGUCCGCCGCCGCCAUGGUCGCAUACUCCGCCCAUUUACCCGCCGCCACCGUCACGUCCCUGGGGACCGCCGCCUCCACCACCGCCAGUGCCAGGACCACAGCCGCCUUCAUUCUACAAUCCCUACUACAAUCCCUACAACUACUACGGAGGAUACGGUGGCUAUGGCUAUCCUGGCUAUGGGGGCUAUCCUGGCUUCGGGUAUCCCGGCUAUCCGUUCUAUCCCUUCUAUCGGUCCUCGGCCGGCGGCGAUGGGGAUAACCAGGUACCCGGACCCGAUGGCCUAACGCCCUCGCCCAUUCCGGGUGUCUUCCAGGGCCGCGCCGUGCUCUCCCAGAACUUCCUAGAGGGUAGGAAUAGUGCCAACAUUGUGCCACUGUAUCAUCUUCUCCAAAUGGCCAGGACUUAG